CCCUGAUUCUCUAUCCCCCGAUCCCUGCAGGAUUUCGAGAAAAAAUCGAAACUUGGUUCCCUGCCUUAGGUUAGAUGAUGAACUUGUGACAUAGAAUUGGAGGAGCCAGGAUUAGACUUCAGAAAAAUGCGGUUGUUUUCAUCAAACUCAAGUGUGAAAAAAGGGCAGAGUAGUGGAGGCAAUCGUGCUUUGUUAUAUCUCAAUGUAUAUGAUCUCACACCUAUAAAUAACUAUCUUUACUGGUUUGGACUUGGGAUAUUCCACUCGGGUAUUGAAGUGCAUGGUUUGGAAUUUGGCUUUGGAGCCCAUGAGUACCCUAGCAGCGGCGUGUUUGAAGUGGAACCAAGAAGUUGUCCUGGCUUUAUUUUUAGACGGUCUGUGUUGUUGGGAAGCACUGACAUGUCUCGUUCAGAGUUUCGGUCUUUCAUGGAAGAGCUCUCUCGAAAAUAUCAUGGGGACACAUAUCAUUUGAUUGCCAAGAACUGCAACCAUUUUACUGACGAUGUAUGUAAACAGCUAACAGGAAAGCCUAUUCCUGGAUGGGUAAAUCGGCUAGCUCGACUAGGUUCAUUCUGUAACUGUCUUCUGCCAGAAAACAUUCAAGUUGCUGCAGUUCGACACCUUCCUGAUCAUUCAACAUAUUCUGAUGAUGAAGGAUCAGAUUCUGCUGCAACGUCUCUAACAACCAUGAGUGAAGAAGGGGCAGAUCAUUAUCUGCUUACAACACCAAAUAGCGACGUUGCAUUUCUAAAAGAAAAGCCAGUGCUUGUAGCAAAGGAAGCACCGUGAUCUCUUAUCAAAUUCCACUUGUUUAUGCCUUGGACCUUCUGUUGUUUGUACUUUGUAUGAUCUCCAUUGCAUCACUGAGUAUGCCUAUGCUUUUCCAGAUAUAAGGAUGAUGCACAAGAGUCGCCCAUAAUCUUGUUCUUUCUCCUGAAUGUAUUGUGGUCUUGCUUUAGGUUGUACCUUUACUACCAUGCAAAGAGUUGUAAUUCAUCACUAUAUGACCCUUUUUAUGUUAUGGGUUAUUAACAGGUUCCAUUAGGGUGAAAAAGGAUUCCAUUAUUCUUGUAAUUUAUCAUCACAUAAGGAAUUAUGUCCUUCCUAGUUUCAAAUUUCAAUAUUCUUUAUACAGCUAUUAGUAGGGUAUAU